ACCGACUAAAGCCAAACUACGGCUUGAACUGGCCUUCAGCUGGUUCAAGCCGGUUGAACUGCUUGUAAAACAUGGAAUUAAUACUUCCUCCAACUUCCUGCUUGACUCUUGGAUCUACUCUACAUUAUUUCAUACCAUGAAUAAGGUCCCUACUCGAGUCGAUGGCAGAUUUAGGCUGGGAAAUGUUCUGGGGUCUGGCUCAUAUGCUGUUGUGUACCACACACAAAACUUCAUCAAGGAUGAUUCAGUUGCUGUCAAACUCAAACCUAUCAUCAACCGCUUGUCCUCUGUGUGCAAUGAAUACAAGAUUCUGAAACAACUCGCAGGCGGGGUUGGGAUCCCUCAUGUCUUUUGGUUUGGCAGAGAAUCAACAUACCAUGCUUUGGUUCUUGAUCUCCUCGGGCCAUCGUUGCAUGAUCGAAGAUUCAGCCUUCCUAACGUUGUGAAUCUAGGAAACCAGUUGCUCUCACGUCUCGAAUCCAUCCACUCACACAAUUUCAUUCAUGGUGACAUCAAACCCCAGAAUAUCUUAGUUGGUCUCGACGAUUUGAAGCACACCGCCUUCAUAAUUGACUUUGGUAUUUCGAAGGAGUACUGCAAUACUUCAACCAGAGCCCAUAUACCAUUUCGCCAAGGUCGUUGUCUCACCGGCACACCUGCAUUCGUCUCAAUCAACAGUCACUUAGGAGUUGAGCCAGGUCAUCGUGACGAUCUCGAGUCCCUCACAUAUACGCUGAUAUAUUUCUUGCAUGGCUCCCUCCCAUGGUUAACCAGCGAUCACGAAAAGCUCUCCAAUUCUUCCAUGCUUGAGUGCAAAGUAAAUACUACUGUUGAAGUCUUAUGUCACGGAAUUCCCGUCGAGUUCACAAGUCUUCUAAUUUACACACGCUCACUUGCAUUCUCGGAGGAUCCUGACUAUGACUAUCUACAUUCAUUACUCCACGGUAUUUCUGACACAUCGCCAACGCCAGCUACAUGCCUUUUGGAUUUUGGCCAGCCCGAUCCUAUCAUUCAUACCCCUGCAUUCUCCAAUGAACAGGUGGUGGCCGAGGCAGUGCAACCACAUCCAAUGAAGGCAAACCCUCCUCGCAGAUCAACUUGUGUCCUCCACCCAUGUAAUAGCCCUGGGCCACUACCUGCAACCACUUCCACUCCACACUGCAACAAGGAACAUGUCGUGAGAUGA